AUGGAGAGGGACGUCCUGGUCUCGGAGGACGCGGCCGCAGCCGCCUCCGCCGCGUCCUCCUCCUUCGCCGAAACCAGAGUCAUCUGCCGAGUAUGCCAGAAGCAGUUCGCGCAGUACACUUGCCCACGCUGCAACUCCCGCUACUGCUCGCUCACGUGCUACAAGGGGCAUAGUAAUCAAUGCACUGAAUCGUUCAUGCGUGAGAAUGUUACGGAGGAGCUUAAGCAGAUUCAGCCUGAAGAUGAAUCAAGAAGGCAGAUGCUCGAUAUACUCAAACGGUUCCACUUGGAAGAUGAAACGGAGUCCGAUGGUGAAGAUGAGUCAAUGUUUUCAGAGGAGCUUAUCCAAAAAGUCAUUUCUGGUGAUGGGAUAAAUCUUGAAGACCUUUCUGAUGAUGAAAUGAAACGAUUUCGUCAAGCGCUGGCCUCAGGUGAACUCAGUAAGAUGAUCCAACCAUGGACACCAUGGUGGAAAAAUCCUGCUGCUAAAUCGAUCUCUCUUAGCCAUGAUGGGAGUCAGCUUAUCACAGAAGUAAGUACAGAUGUCACUACUUCAUCAGAUCCAACGGCUGCGUCAAAAUCUAUCACCAAUGAAAUACCAGAAGGGCCAGAAUCUCCUCUCCCAUCACUCAAACAGCUAACCAGGGCAGAGCCGUCUCCUCUGCUAACUGUUCACCUGGUUGAUAUUCUCUACAGUUACUGCUUCACGCUCCGCCUCUACAAUGGUGAUUGGCACUCUGAUCCUUUCGGUGCUUCAACUGUUGCCUUGUCUAUGUCGAAAGUAAUGGGGGAGGAUGCUAAACCUGAGACAGUAUCUGAAUCGCUCACGACCUGCAUAGAGGAGACAUGCUCCCCAGUUUACAGGCACACCGGAGGUUUCAGGUUUGCAAUAGGACUCGUGGACGAUAUCAUCACCAUCCUCUCCUUAGGAGGCAAUGCGCUUGUCUGUGCAUUGUGUGACUUCCGCAGGCUCAUUCAAGCUGGUGAGAGCAUGCUCAAGGAAGAGAAGGUGGGCAAGACUGAGAGGGCUCAGAGCUCCCAAAAGCUCCGUGCCGCGGAUAGGAAGCUGUUCUUCAUUACCUGCUGGUCUCAUGAGCAGCCAGCUGAUACCUGGCCAUCAUUGGCUCACCUCGUUGAGGUGCAGAAAGCAUCUCUUGAGGAGCUGGAUAAUAGAAGCGGCCUGAGGAAGGCUGGUAGAAAGGGCAACCGGCAAUCCAAGGUUCUUAUUGAGGAGGUGUAAGCAUAUGAAUGCAUCCCUAGACCUGGAAUACCAUAGUUUGUUGCCUAGUUAUCCUUUUGGUACCGCAACUGUAUCAUUUGAUCUUUGUGUGCCUUUCUUCACCUUCAUGUGCAGUGGCUGAACUGUAUAAAUUAUGAUCUUUCAAAGCUAUGACAGUUUAUACAGUUCUGAAGUUCUGAUAUUAAAGCGUCCAG